AUGAAGAACAUUGUUGAGAUGAAGGUGCCUAGAUGGAUGACGAGUGAGAAGGGAUGCUUGACCAAUAUGAGAGAUAUGCAUACCUGCUCCAUCAGCUCCUCUACCUUGGCUGCGGAUGCUCUCAUUGCUUCGCUUGGGAAAGAUUUCGCUGUCAAGGACCUGGGUACUCUUCAUUACUUUCUUGGCUUGGAAGUGGCGACACAUGGUUCUGGUUUGCUCAUGACUCAGAAGAAGUACUCCCUGGAUAUUUUGCGCCGAGCUGGUAUGCUCAAGUGUAAACCCACGGCUACACAUAUGUCCUCUACGGAGAAGAUUACAGCGAUUGAUGGUAACUUGCUGACUUCUGAUGAGGCUACUGAGUACAGGAGUAUUGUUGGUGGUCUUCAGUAUUUGACCAUUACUCGACCGGAUAUUUCUUAUGCUGUCAACAGGGUUUGCCAGUAUCUCCAUACACCACGUGACACUCAUUGGGCUGCGGUUAAGCGCAUUCUUCGCUAUGUGCAGUCUACCUUGUCGUUUGGUCUUCAUAUCCGGCCGAAUCCUUCUGGGGUCCUUUCUGCCUACUCUGAUGCGGACUGGGCUGGUAGUCCGGAUGACAGGCGAUCCACGGGGGGCUAUGCUGUAUUCUUUGGCUCUAAUCUGAUCGCCUGGAGUGCUCGGAAACAAGCCACCGUAUCUCGUAGUAGUACUGAGGCUGAAUACAAGGCUGUUGCCAAUGCCACUGCUGAGCUCAUAUGGGUACAGUCUUUGCUUCGCGAAUUGCGGGUCUCUCAGUCACAGUCUCCAGUCCUGUGGUGUGAUAAUAUUGGCGCUACAUAUCUUUCAGCCAAUCCAGUAUUUCAUGCUAGGACUAAACACAUUGAGGUGGAUUAUCAUUUUGUGAGGGAACGUGUUGCACGACGACAGCUACGAAUCAAGUUCAUCUCUUCUAAAGAUCAACUUGCAGACAUCUUCACGAAGCCAUUGCCUCUCCCACAGUUUGAGGCUUGCAGGCGCAAUCUUACACUUUUGAAAGCUUUACAAAGUGGCUAA